AUGGACUCGAAAGGAGGAGGAGGCGGCGCCGGCGCCGGCGCCGGCGGGGGUGGGGGGCCGAGGGGGGACGCAGGGAAGCGUGCUGCCUCGGCAGGCCAGUCGGCGCCGUGCGGGGCGUGCAAGUUCCUGCGCCGCAAGUGCGUGAGCGGGUGUUUGUUCGCGCCGCACUUCGGGACGGAGCAGGGGGCGGCGCGGUUCGCGGCGGUGCACAAGGUGUUCGGAGCGAGCAACGUGUCCAAGCUGCUGGCGCACGUGCCGGCGGGGCGGCGGGGGGACGCGGUGCUCACCAUCUGCUACGAGGCGCAGGCCAGGCUCGCCGACCCCGUCUAUGGAUGCGUCUCCACCAUUCUUGCCCUCCAGCAUCAGGUGGCAGCGCUGCAAGCCGAGAUAUCGAUCGUGCAGUCACAGCUAAUAAAUAGCCGAUUGGCGAUUGCCGGUGCCCUUCAUCAGGGAACGCAGCAGCUGCAGCACAUCGCAGUGCUGCAGCCAGCCUACUCCAGCAACUCCUCGACUUGCCAUAAUAUGGCGGAUCUGAGCAGCUUCGCCUCCGGCUUAGACCUCGGCGAUACCGAGCCGGCUUCAAGAGGUUUCGAGCCACUGCAGCUCUCGCAUGAGGAGGAGGAAGAGGAGGACAGUCGCAAUCCGGCCGCUUUUGCCAGCAGUGUCUUUCAUCCAAAAUAAGCUUGAGCUGCAGUUCUAGCAAAAAAGAGUAUAUUGGACGCACCCUAAUUAAGAGUAAAAGUUUUUUCAAAACCAAAAGUACUGUUAUGAUAUAAUAAGCGUGCGCCAUG